CAUGGUAUCAUCGAUUUCGUCAUGGUCUAUCAAGUAUUGAUUGGUCAUUGGCUGAGUCUGCGACGUUACACGGAAGAACUCAGGAAUAUAUUGCAGAUCUGAAUAAAUUUUAUCGUUAUCAUCCACAAUUUUGGCAAAAUGGAGAACAAGAUUUUGAAAUGAUAUAUGAAUACAAACCAAAUCUCAUUGUAGCUUAUCAUCGAGGUAUUUAUAAUCAACGACGUAUGGCUAUCAUUCAUAAUUUUUCUAAUCGAGGUUAUCAAUCUUAUGAUAUAUCAUUACCAAUGUGGGAUCCAGAUAUUGCACGUAUUCAAAAAGUGGUAGAAAUUUUUAAUUCAGAUAGUCCAAUGUAUGGUGGUUCAGGAUUAUUUCAUAAUGAAAAUAUUACAAUAGUAUUUCGUCACGAACGAGCAAUAAUAUUUAGACUUGCAAUUCCUCCAUUGGCUACAUUAGUAUUAGAGGAACAGUUAAAUUAA